AUGGCAUCCGCUGGCCCGGCCAAGUCGGUCUAUAAAAGGCCCCCGGCGGCAAGUGGCGCUUUCCAUUUCCACGCGAAGGACACUCGCAGUCGGGCCGCCGACGAGAUGCUGCGCCACCUGCUCCGCCACGAGAACAACAAGGUCUUCGUCCUGAUCCUGCUCUACUGCGUCCUGGUCAGCAUCCUGAAACUGUGCACAGCUCAGGCGGAUAACUCUGUGGCCGCCACCGAUAAUGAUACUUCGUUGCCCGUUACAGAUAUCACGCAUUUGGGUGACGAUUGCCAGGUAACGCCCGUCAUUCAUGUGCUUCAGUAUCCUGGAUGUGUGCCCAAGCCGAUUCCCUCGUUCGCCUGUGUGGGUCGCUGUGCAAGUUAUAUCCAGGUUUCAGGCAGUAAGAUCUGGCAAAUGGAGCGUUCCUGCAUGUGCUGCCAGGAAUCUGGCGAGCGGGAGGCAGCCGUCUCGCUUUUCUGUCCCAAAGUGAAGCCCGGCGAGCGGAAGUUCAAAAAGGUCCUCACCAAGGCGCCGCUGGAGUGCAUGUGCCGGCCGUGCACUUCCAUCGAGGAAUCCGGCAUCAUACCGCAGGAAAUUGCCGGCUACUCGGACGAGGGUCCUCUCAACAAUCAUUUCCGGCGCAUCGCUCUGCAAUAGAUUCCCCAUCACUGCUACCAUUCAUUAUAAACAUUUGCACAUUAAAUUAAAUUAAAUUUGA